AUGUCGUCGACAAACAUUAAGAACGUUGCUGUCGUCGGAGGGUCCGGCACGAUUGGUGUAUAUAUCGUGAAGGAGCUUCUCGCGACAGGCUUUUAUGUGACUGUCCUGACCCGAGAUGACUCCAAGUCGAGCUUCCCAGCCGGCGUCACCGUGAAGAAGGUCGAUUACUCUUCACUCGAGUCACUCAAAGAAGCUCUGGCUGGACACGAUGCCGUGGUUUCGGCAAUAGCAACACCAGCAAUCGGAACUCAGUUGACUCUUGUUGAUGCUGCCCUUGCCAGUGGUGUCAAGCGAUUCAUCCCGUCCGAGUUCGGCAUCAAUACGAGAACGCUCGGCGACGCCAAAAUUGCGAAGAUCCUAGCGGGCAAGAUCAAGACUGUUGAUUACCUGCAGGAAAAGGCAAAAGAGAACAAUUCGUUCACUUGGACUGGCCUUUCUAACGGCUUGUUCUUUGAUAUCAAUCUUGCAAAAGGCAUUUACGGUUAUGACCCAAAGACCAAAACAGCUACUAUAUAUGAUUCAGGAAAUGAGCAUUUCCAAACAUCUAAUGGCGGCUUGAUUGCUCAGGCCGUUGCCUCCAUCUUGAAACACCCGGAGGUGACUGCGAACAAGUACUUGUCCGUUACUUCUUUUAGUCCAUCCCGCAACGAGAUUUUGAAAAUCCUGGAAGAAGAGACUGGUACAAAGUGGACAGUCAAGCACGAGGCUACCGCUGACUUGCAGAGAGUCGGCGAAGAGAAACUAGAGAAAGGAGACUUCAGUGCCUUCCGGGAGCUGCUUCUCACGUAUCUUCAUAGAGAUGGAAGCGGGCACGCAUUGAAGCCGGAAGACAGUGCAAAUGAAUUGUUGGAGCUUCCACAGGAGGAUCUGAGGGCAACACUGAGAAAGUGGCUUGCCGAUGAGGGGGCUAUCUAA